AUGACGCGCUCCAGAUUCGCCACCGGCCUGGCAAGCUUGGACGCCAGUGUCAGCGCCUGGAAAUGCCCGCACAACGGUUGCACCGGGCUUCCACUAGUCAGGAACACAAAGUUUAUUGUGUGUGUGUGUGUGUGUGUGCUCAAGUUGCUGAGCAAGACUGCAGCGUCCACCAACGACGACAAAGAACCAGUGUCUGGUCCUGGCAGUGCGAAAGCGCAACCAGCCAAUGAGCUCCCCGCAUUACAGGCCGCUCGACGUUGUGCUCUUGAAGCGCGCAUCCACCGAGCCCCCUGGAUUAGCGUCCGGACGGAGGCAACUGAGUUGCUGCCCUGGGAAAUUAAACAAAAAAACACUGGACGGGAGGUGGCCGGGGUGCAGGAGAUGAGGGCGUCCGGGGUGUGGCAGUAG